AUGUAUGGCAAUUAUAAGCCACAGCCUGGACAAGCUCCGGCUCUCGCGGACCCAGCUGUAGAUCCCAAUCUCGACAUCUACAAUCGGCGCGCCGCUCAAGCUGCACGCUUCAGGGGAUCCCGAAUUCCAGCGCUCGCUCCAUGGGAAGCCAGCGCCACCGAAUGGCAAUUGGAAUGCGCCAAGAAGAGGCUGGAGGAACUUCCCAAGGAGGACUGGGAGCUCGACUUGGCGUCUAUCCCCGACCACUGCGAUCCACGACCUGGCCAAGAGCUGAAAGCGCUUUUCCAAAACGACAUCCUCGAGGAUAAGGAGAACCUGGAUGGUGCCACCCCAGCUCAGGUCCGCGAGUACUUCAACCGCUGGCGCCUGUCCCUCGGCGAGGAUGAAUACACGUUGAGACGGCUCCCGCGCUACUGCACGUGCAUCAUGCUUGACGACGAGACAAUGGACCAGCUCGACACGCUGCCCGACGAUAUCGGCAGCUUAGACCGGCUGAGCGUUUCUAAGCUCCCGCACUGGGUCAAGAUGAUAGAGCACGAAACCUCGUACACGGGGAAUAUUCACGCGCCGCAGUAUACGGACCCGCUAUACCCGUACUUUGGAGAAUUCCGCAUACGUCUCUUUGCCCACCAGAAUCUGUUCGAGUACACAACCAUACGGUUGACGGUCGAUGGCCUGGAAUUGAAGAACCUUGUGCAACCGGAAGACGUGUUCAACCCAACACCAAUGCGAUACUUCCAGUGA